UUGAGUUCAUGGUAAACGAAAUGCUGUCGUUGUCCGCUUGCAGCAUCAAGUCUAGCUCGCUCAACCUCAAUCCUCCUCCCACUGUUCACUGGAAUUUCCACAAACGCCUUCUCCGCAACUUCCGACGCCACUGGAGUACUCUCGCUCGCGCUCGAACGAUCAUCAAUUCAAGCACAGGCCUGAGCGCGAUGGAGUCCAAAGAGAGCAACGACGGCAUCGAUGGCGCGAUCACCAGCUUCAAUUUCCUCGCGCAGAAGCCAUACUCGCCCCCUCCCUGGGCUUCUCACCUCAGUCCGAUCCCUUCUCACGUCUUCUCUCUCGGUCAUUUACCUACUCCAAUUCACAGAUGGAACCUUCCCAACUUACCAAAAGGCACCGAGGUUUGGUUAAAGCGGGAUGACCUUUCGGGCAUGCAAUUGAGUGGCAACAAAGUCCGGAAAUUGGAAUUCUUGCUUGCUGAUGCUGUGGCCCAAGGUGCUGAUUGUAUCAUAACAAUUGGGGGUAUCCAAAGCAAUCAUUGUCGUGCAACUGCUGUUGCUGCAAAGUAUUUGAAUCUCGAUUGUCAUGUUAUCCUACGUACCUCCAAGGCUCUUGUAGACAAAGAUCCUGGACUUACAGGUAAUCUCUUGGUUGAAAGAUUGGUGGGAGCUCAUGUUCAACUUAUUUCAAAAGAGGAAUAUGCCAAACUAGGGAGUGUGACUCUGACUGAACUCCUAAAAGAAAAGCUGCUUAAGAAAGGAAGAAAGCCGUAUGUUAUUCCUGUUGGCGGAUCAAAUUCCCUCGGGACAUGGGGAUAUAUCGAAGCAACAAGGGAAAUUGAGCAGCAGGUUCAUAAUGCGGGUGGAAGAGUAAAAUUUGAUGAUAUUGUUGUCGCUUGUGGCAGCGGAGGCACAAUUGCUGGUCUUUCAUUGGGUUCCUGGCUGAGCACGAUGAAGACAAAAGUCCAUGCAUUUUCUGUCUGUGACGACCCUGAUUACUUCUAUGACUUUGUUCAAGUCCUUCUCGAUGGAAUUCAAGCAGGUGUUCUCUCACGUGAUAUUGUUGACAUUCACAAUGCCAAGGGUUUGGGAUAUGCAAUGAGCACUGCAGAGGAACUUAAGUUUGUUAAGGAAGUUGCUACAGCCACUGGAGUUGUUCUAGACCCAGUUUACAGCGGGAAAGCUGCUUACGAAAUGAUGAGAGACAUGACCGAGAACCCGAAAAAGUGGGAAGGAAGGAGAGUCCUCUUCGUGCAUACAGGUGGACUCCUCGGGCUGUUCGACAAGGUUGAUCAGAUAGCUUCAACUGUAGGCAACUGGCAGCGAAUGGAUGUUGAUGAAUCGGCUCCGCGGAAGGAGGGAACUGGAAAGAUGUUCUAAAAGGAGUGGAAUGGAUAAAGCAGAUUCUGCAGAUAUCAUGGUGAUUGGUGGGCAACUAUUCUCUUUUCAAUUGAAACUUCUGGUU